AUAUAACUAUACUGAAAAACGACAUAUCGUUUGUCACUUAAAACAAGUCAAUAAAAUUACAUAUCGUAAGUUUUAUGAACCGUUGGAUGGUGUAUCAACGGUGUAGGUUACCCGGAAUGACGUGUACUAUUUCAUUAAAUAAAUACUACUUAAGAAGAGGAUAGUGAAAGAAGGGGGGAAGGAAAGGAGUGUUCUUUAGCUUCAGUUUACUCAUCCAUGGCGAAUCUACACUUACUAGUAGUGAUGUUGAUGGUCUUGGCCAUGACCAGCGCAGACCGCCUCAAUGAAUCAUCUUCUAUGUCUUUGACGAUAGAGGAGGAGAAAGCGGAUGACAUCGAUGGAGGUUUCUCUUCGCUUGACGGAAUGUUGCAGUGGGCAAUCGGCCAUUCUGAUCCUGCGAAAUUGGAAGAAUCAGCCAAAGACGUGCAGCAAUUACCCCAAGAUGAGAUAAAGAAGCGUCAAUCAGAACUAAAGGAAUUAAUACAAAAUCUACACAUGCCGUCCGAUGCCGAGCUUAUGAAAAUUGCAAUAAACGACUUGAGUAAUUCAUCUUUGUCACUGGAAGAUCGUCAUCGUGCAUUACAGGAGCUCCUUGUACUUGUUGAGCCAAUUCAUAAUGCAAAUGAUUUAAGCAAAAUUGGAGGCCUUGCUGUGGUUAUACAAGAGCUCAACCAUGUUGAUUCGGAUACUAGGACUCUUGCUGCUUGGAUACUUGGGAAAUCAAGUCAAAAUAAUCCUGAAGUUCAGAGCAAGGUGCUGGAACUCGGGGCAUUGUCCAGGCUGAUGAAGAUGGUGAAAUCUGAUGGUGUAGAAGAAGCCAACAAAGGGCUCUAUGCUGUUUCGGCUUUAAUUCGAAACAAUUUAGUUGGUCAAGAAUUGUUCUUUGCGGAAGCUGGUGUGCAGCUAUUGCAGGACAUACUGAGCAACUCAACCACUGAUAUUCGAUUGCAAAAGAAGGCUGUCUUUCUUGUGGGUGAUCUUGCGGUUGCUGCGGAUUUGGAGGUUGAAAAACAUGGUUCUUUUUUCAGGAAUGGCAUUCUGUUGAAGUCUGUUGUUGAUCUAACAGCUUCUUCUGACCUUGAUCUAAAGGAAAAGGCCCUUUUGGCAAUCAAAAGUGUACUGCAAUUGAAAGGGAAGACAAGUGAGGCUGCUGCUGGAGUUUUGAAUGAUGUAUGUGCCUUUGAUGCUGCAUUGGAGAGAAUGAGGCAACAGCUACGGGAGUUGUUGACAACAUAUACUGAUGAUGAUGAAUUUCAAAGGGACUAUGCAAUCGAUUUGGAAGCCUUACUCAAUGAGGUUCAGCUCAUCUUUCACACAAAGCUCCCCAACUCAAGCUCAUAAGCAAAGAUAUACCAUUCCAAUUGGCAAUUUCCACUCACCGAUACAUUGUCCACUAAUUUGUAUUUUCUUUUUUCCUUUUUCUUUUCCUUGGGCUGUCAAAAUGCCAAUGCUCUAUCAUUAUUGCAUGUAAGCUAAAUUUUGACCAGAUACAUAGUUUAGAGAUAUGGAUAGAGAUAGCUAAUAACAUAUUAAUGAAAAUCCAAGAAAUUACAUGGCUA